CAUGUGUUUCUUGGACUUUCUUACUCUUCACCUCUUCACCUCUUCACUCAUCACACUCGAGAACUCAACAAUUCCUUUGUUAUUUGUUUCGCAUUCUGAAGAUGACCAUCUCUGAUAACCAAGGCAGCACCGCAGCUGCGGCUGUUCAGAUUCAGCCGCCAUCUCGGAUGGCUCUACCGGAUUUCCUGCAGAGUGUCAAGCUCAAGUAUGUCAAACUAGGCUACCAUUACUUGAUCUCCAACCUCUUCACCUUUUGUUUUGUGCCUUUGAUCUUUGUGACCUUAAUCCAUUUCUCUCAAACUGAUAUUGAUGAUCUUCACCAUGUGUGGCUCCACCUCCAGUACAAUAUAAUAUCCAUCCUCACUUGCUCUGCUUUCAUUGUCUUUGGACUUACAGUUUUCAUUCUCACUCGUCCUCGGCCUGUCUACCUUGUUGACUUUGCUUGUUAUCGCCCAGCCGAUCGCUUCAAGGCCCCCUUCUGUAGCUUUAUGGAGCAUUCUCGCCUCACCGGAGACUUUGAUGAGUCCUCCCUAGAGUUCCAGCGCAAGAUUCUCUUGCGCUCGGGACUUGGAGAGGAGACUUAUGUCCCCGAAGCCAUGCUUUACAUACCUCCUAGAUCUUCCAUGGUUACGGCUAGAGCUGAGGCCGAAGAGGUUAUGUUUGGUGCUUUGGAUAGUUUGUUCCAAAACACCAAUCUUAAGCCUAAGGCUAUCGGCAUUCUUGUGGUGAAUUGCAGUUUGUUUAACCCCACGCCUUCCCUAUCUGCCAUGAUUGUUAACAAGUAUAAAUUGAGGGGUAACAUCAAGAGCUUCAAUUUGGGGGGAAUGGGGUGUAGUGCUGGAGUUAUAGCUAUUGAUCUUGCCAAAGACUUGUUGCAGGUUCAUAGGAAUACUUACGCUGUUGUUGUUAGCACUGAGAACAUUACUCAAAAUUGGUACUUUGGGAAUAAGAAAUCUAUGCUCAUACCUAAUUGCUUGUUUCGGGUCGGGGGUUCAGCCGUGCUGCUCUCCAACAAGUCUGCUGAUCGGAGGAGAGCGAAGUACAGGCUUGUUCAUGUAGUGAGGACCAAUCGCGCUGCCGAUGACAAGGCAUUCCGGUGUGUCUAUCAGGAACAGGAUGAUGCUGGGAAGACUGGUGUUUCCUUGUCUAAGGAUUUGAUGGCAAUCGCAGGCAGUGCGCUUAAGACCAACAUCACCACCCUUGGCCCCUUGGUGCUCCCAAUCAGCGAACAGCUUCUAUUUUUCGCCACAUUGGUAAUGAGGAAGUUGUUCAAGGCUGAUGUGAAACCUUAUAUACCAGAUUUCAAGCUUGCCUUUGAUCAUUUUUGCAUACAUGCCGGUGGCAGGGCGGUGAUUGAUGAGUUGGAGAAGAAUCUCCAGCUUCUUCCUGUGCAUGUUGAGGCUUCAAGGAUGACACUUCACCGGUUUGGAAACACUUCGUCGAGCUCCAUUUGGUAUGAGCUGGCAUAUAUAGAAGCCAAAGGGAGAAUGAGAAGGGGAAAUAGGCUUUGGCAAAUUGCAUUUGGAAGUGGGUUUAAGUGUAAUAGUGCAGUUUGGGAAGCACUUCAUAAUGUGAAGUCUUCUCCUAAUGGACCAUGGGAAGAUUGCAUUGAUAAGUAUCCUGUGGAAGUACCCCUCAUAGCUCAGCAACAUAUUAGUUAGAACAUAGAAGUGAAUUCACGAUGUCCUUUUGCCUCUCAAUUGCAGAUGUGUUCAUAUACGUUUUACAAUUUCAUUUUUGUUUGAAGUUUGAUGAAUGUUGCUAGUAGCUUACAAUUUAGUCAGAUUCAUGUCUCUUGGGUAUGAUGUGGUGGAUUCCUGUUUUUUUGUGCUGCCAAUGCUCUCUAUGAAAUUUUUACCCUUUAUAGUUGCA